AUGAUAUAUUAUAUAAGAAAAGUCGCUAUUAACUUUUUGUUUUUGUACAUAAUAAAUUUUUGUUUGUUGCAUUAUUUAAAAGAAUGUAAUACAUCGAACUAUUCAAGAAUUUUAAAAGAACAGAAUGGAAAGAAGUAUAUUUAUUAUAACCUUUCCAAAAAAAAGAAUAAUGGUAUUAUAAAAGGGGGGUCUAAACAUAACGGUCAUUUAUUUAUUAAUAAUUACAAGAAGAAGAGGAACGUAAAAUAUAAAAUCAACAAAUAUAAACCAUGUUCCAUAUUUUCCUUUUUCAAAAAGAAGGAUAAAAAUGAUAAAAAUGAUAAGAACGAUAAAACUCAUAUGAAGGAUAAUAGUAAUCUUGAAAAUAAAGAAAAAGGUGAAAUAGGUAAAGACAAAGAACAAAAAGAAAAAGAAAAAGAAAAAAUUAUAAUUCUUAAAGACAAUAAAAAGUUGGACGAAAAAAAAAAAAAAGAAUUACAAAAGGAGGAAAAGAAAACGAAGUUAACGAACGUAUUAAAACAAAACAACAAAAAUAAAAACAAUAAUAAUAAAAACAAUAAUAAUAAAAACAAUAAUAAUAAUAAUAAUAAUAAUAAUAAUAAUAACAAUAUGGAUGAUACAUUAAAAAAGGAUAAACAAACCGAAUUAAUUAAAAAAGAUAAUCUUAAUAAUAAAAAUGAUGUAAAAAAAAAAAAAAUUGAUCUAAACAUAAACAAUAUUGAUACAAAUUCUAGAGACAUUCUUAAAAAUGAGAACAAAUAUAAAAAACAUUUAGAAAAUGUAAAAGAUAAAUUCAUUAUUUCACUGAAUCAAAUUUUUUGUUCUUAUAUGAAUAGUUUAGAUAAGAAAGAGAAUUUUAAAUAUUUUUUUGAAAAAAUACUUCAGAAUGUGGAAAAAAAUUUCCAUACUUAUACAUUUAUUAUUGAUAUAGAAAAAAUGAAUAAUCAACAAAUAAAAAAAACAUAUAUGAUAAAUAACAUAAAUUGUUUUAAUGAAAUUAUGAAUAUAAUUCAAGAGAAUUUAUAUAACAUUCUAGUUUUUAAAAUACAAUAUUUAAAAGUUAAAGCUAUUAACGAUAUAAAAGAAAUUAUAUCGAAUAAAAAAAAUAUGAAUGAUUAUAUCUCAUAUUCAAAUAAUAUUAAUAAAAUUAUACAAAUUUAUGAAGAACAAUUAACAAAAUUAUGUCCAUUAAAUUAUAUAUUUACAUUAUAUAAUAAUUUUAUGGAAAAUAAUAAUUACUUAUUAAAUUUCUCAUAUCAAUUACCUCUUUAUAAAUAUAAAAAUAUUAUAGAUUCAAAUAUAGAAUAUUUACGAACAUUUUCAAAUGAUUUAACAAAACAUAAAAAAAAAUCCUUAUACAAUGAAAUUGAAAAAAAUAAAAAUUAUCAAAGUAUAUUACAAAUAAUAGAUAAUCAACAAAAACAAAUCGAAGUCUUACAAGAACAAUUAGAAACAUCUAUUGAUGGAAUUAAUGGAAAAUAUUCACCAUUUAAUUGUGCACUAGCCUAUAGAAUACCUGAUACGAAUUUAAAUAUAUCAACUCAAUAUGUUAAAGGUAAAUUUAAUGUAAAAGUAAACUGUAUCCCAGAUGAUUCAUUGCAUCUCUUGGGUUCUUAUGGUUUUGUUAAGGGUCUACCAUAUGGUAACCUAGGUCUAUCCUUAUCUUUAAAUUUUUAA